AGUUGACGUCACCGCUAUCUACAACAACAAGAAGCAGAAAAACAAGGAAGUGGAUUAUUGCUAUUCACCGCUGUAAACCUCUUCGUUUGAACGACUCUGUGACGAGAUAACCAGAGUCCCCAGUGAUUGUCUGACAUCCUCCACAUUUCGAACCGGACUGUGACAAUGAACAACAAAGGGUCAUAUCCACAGCAGAGUGUGUACCCUCAGCAGAGCACUGCCCCCGUUUACCCCCCUGCUAUGCAAAUAUCUCCUCAGGCGCCUCCUUAUACGGACACGCCUCCCGCAUACUCUGAGAUCUACCACCCUAGGUAUGUGCUUCCCCACCAGGUGACCGGUCAGGUGCCUCAGAUGUCCUCCCCCUAUGUGGGCACUCAGGUCUACAUGCCCAUGCAGCCGCAGAUGCCCGUCGGAGCCAUGGCCCAGAACGUCCCCCUGGCUUAUUAUCCUAUGGGGGCCAUGUACCCGCCUGGUUCCACAGUGAUGGUUGAUGGUGGCUUUGACGCCGGCGCCCGCUUCACAGCUGGAAGCAGUGUUUCCAUCCCGCCCCCACCCCCUGGGCACGCCCCAAAUGCAGCUCAACUGGCGGCCAUGCAGGGUGCCAACAUGGUCAUGACGCAGCGCAAGAACAACUUCUUCUUGGGCGGCUCCAGCGGAGGUUACACCAUCUGGUAACAGCAGAUGCUCCCUCACGCCUAAAUCCAAUGCAGCGCCUCCCCCCUUCCCCAACAUCACGUACCCCCCUCCCCCUAUCCUCCUUAGGCUGCUUAGCCACAAUACUGAUAUCACCUAAUGGAAUGUAAUGUUUUUG